AUGACUACCAUCCCGACAGAAAAUGAGAUCAAGAUCGACGAAUGGGAAGAAGAGGACAGAGACCAGGUCGUGAGGAUCGUCACUAUCACUGGAGCGAAGAUGCGAAAGGGGAAUCCCGAUAAUCAAAAGCAGAAACUCGUUCAUUGGCGCUGUGGCCUAGCAUACUCGAUUAUACAACCCGACGAUGAGAACACUGCCACCACUGGUUGGCGUUCGGUGACCCUCGAUACAUUCAAAUCCGAUGAGAAAAACCCCGAUGUCACCAUUGAGAUGGUGACGAAGAAGUUUCUGAUAUCGUCAAACGCUCCCGGACUGAUGUACUUCAAUCCUGUGAAAACGUUUACGACUACUGACAUCUACAACUGGCUGCAAGAAAAGCGCUUCCAUCGCUACAGAUACGACGAAAACGGAAGCGGAUGCGGCUUCUGGACGUGGACUGUGAUCUCGGCACUCGAAGCAGAUGGUUUCAUAGUCGAGGGUUCCGGAGCGUCGUGCAAGAAAGAGUUCGAUAGAGUGCGAGAGAACCCUACAUGCUGGGUUCCUUAUGACCAAGGCACAUUCUAUGAGAUCGAGGGAGCAUCUUCUUCAGGUAGUUGA